AUGUCGAUGAAACACCACCGAAAAGCUAACUUUGGCUUGAAUCCUCCUCCCACCCAAUUCUUUUCAAGAGGUUUUGAGUUUUAUGAGAUGACUUACCGAGCUAGUAUUCAUCAGCGUGGCCACCAGAACAAAAAUGUUGGUCACCACCUCCCGGAAGGAAAACAAACCGGCCCCAGACACAUCCCUCCACGUGCAGCGAGCGCCCUAAGGCUGCCAGGCAAAGGGGCGACGCGCGUCCCCAUUAUUGCGCGCGCCGCCGCGCCCUUCCAGGUGCCCUCGCGUACCUGGCGGCGGUGUCCGUGCCUCGGAGACCGCCGGCCGGCUGGGGCGCGGGAGGUGCGCGCGCUCGCGCGGGGGUCGGGGCCUCCCGGCGGCUGCGCCCCCUCCGCCGCUCCCCGGGCGCCGAUCGCCGCCCUCCCGCCCCGAGUGGGGCCGCGGGCGGUAGCGGCCCCGGGCUCCCGGCCGCUGCCUGGGAGCCAAAGGGUCAGAUUUAGUUUCACAACAAAGUCUCUUCGUCACAGCAACCCGACUGGAGGCCAAAGCGGCCGGGCACCGGGGCAGGGGCCGGAGCGCCGCCGGCGUGGCCGAAGGAGGAUGAAGAUCCAGCCCACUAGCUUAGAUCGAGAUUUGCUUCAGAGCAUCAGUGGGAGAAGACCGGACCAUAUGGGAACAGCCAAGAGUCAAGCCAACUCUUCAGAAGGACAGAUGUUGCAACCCUGCAAGUUGCAAGAAGGGUCACAGGAGGGCAGGUUAUUUGGAGACAAGACAACAAGUCGUGGACACAAUAUCUCCUUGGUUGAUAACAAGGAUCUUGAGGGCAGGAACUCUGGCCAGAGCACAGGGCCUGGAACAUCUUGGGAUUGUUGAAGAGACGUCUACCCCAAGUCUUGAUGAGUUGUCACUACAGCAGGUCAUCAGUUGGAAUGGCUGGGGAUUAGACUUCUUGACUGGACUUGGCUUUAUCAUGUCUCUUGGCAGCACUGGGUAAAGAAGCUUAUGUCCCUGGUGAUAUCAAGAUCUUACCAUCCCAGCUGCUAGCCCUUCUCAGUGGUGCUGCAGCAUGGAUGUAUUGGUGGGACAAGGACUUUUUUCCUUGCCUUCACUGAAACUGUCAAUAAAAUGAU